AUGGCUUACUUCAACCUUGCUCUUAACCCAAAAGACGCUAUUAAAUCGAAAUCAAGUGGAGGAAAAAGUCCAAUCGACUUGACAAACUUUCAUCCCUCGAAUGGUAAAGCUGUUGGAGACGAUUGGAAUGUUCAACCUGGAGACAUUAUUGCAUGGAGUGACUACAGAGCUGCAAAUACAUAUUUUGUUGAUGAGCAACGUCAUCUAUUAGAGAACCACGAUACUUCUGGUUCAGGCUACUUAACCAUUCCUCUUUCAAUAACUCGACUUUUUCCUUCGGCUUUGAAACAUUACGCAUCAUUACUCGAAAAAGAGUCGUAUAUCGUGGCUGAAAUCGAACUUGGUCCUACUGACGGUAUCUUCGUCGAGAAAUUUGGUUCUCCACUACCAGAAAUGAUUCGUAAUAGAAAUGAUAUUUCGUAUACGGUCAAUCCUGAAGAAUCCACGUUCUAUGUUACAGUUGGUAAAAAUAAAGCUCAUGAAUUUCCACUGGAUGGAACCAAAACAAAAGAUAUUGUUGAUUAUAUAGAAGUUGCAAACGAGAAGAAAGCUGCGUUCAUCGUCACAUAUGAUAUUCAGGGAGAAGAAGCAUACAAGAAAUGGCCAGGUCGUUUAGGCACUAGUUUACUACCUGCUGGAUGGUCAUGUGAUCAGCACGGUUCUUCGUCUGGCGGACAACAUCAUAUAAAGGGCGCAUGGAAACUACAAGGACCGGAAAAAACCAAAGAAGCAGUUGAUAAUCAUAUAGAAAAUUCUGAUUCCGAAUUAGAAACUCAAAAUCAUCAUCAAUAUUCUUGUUCACAAUGUGGAAAAUCAUUUACAACAUUAAGUGGUUUAAAACAACAUAGGCAUAUUCAUUCAUCAAUAAAACCAUUUCAAUGUGAAGUUUGUUUAAAAUCUUAUACACAAUUUUCAAAUCUUUGUCGACAUAAACGAAUGCAUGUUGAGUGUCGAACAAAAGUUAAAUGUAGAUUUUGUGGAGAAAUGUUUUCAAAUAGUACAACACUAAAUAAACAUCGUGGCAUAAUAUCAUCAUCUUCAUCAUUGCAUCCAUCAAUAUUCCUCAAUAAGGAACAGAUCAAUAAUCGUUUCUGGAAUUCAAAUUUACCAUUGUAUCUUCUUCCUUAUCUACCACGUUUAACUUCUACAGAUUUAUUUAUUAAUGGAAGAUUAUCUUCAUUUUUAUUUCCAUUGUCAUUAAAUACAAUUGAACAGGAGACAACAAUAAAUACAAAUGAUGAUAGUAUUCCACUUGAUUUAAGUGUUAAAAAAUCUCCUUCAUGUCGAGAACGUUCUUCAUCAUCAUCAUCAAGUUCAUCUUCACUUUCAUGUGAAAUAAUAAGUUCUCAUUUACUAUUAUCAAAUGAUCAACAAAAACAAAAUACAUCAUUAUCAAACAAAAAAAAAGAUAAACAACAAUUAAUAACACCAAUAAAUCAUUCGAAUUUAUUUCAUAGUCAACAUCAUCAUUUAUCAAUAGAUAAAUCAUAUUAUUUCAAUACUCAAUUAUCAAAUAAAUAUAAAUAUAUAUGUUCUUAUUGUGGAAAAGAUUUUCCUCGUUCAGCAAAUUUAACUCGACAUUUACGAACACAUACAGGCGAACAACCUUAUGGUUGCAAAUAUUGUGAACGAUCUUUUUCCAUAUCAUCGAAUCUUCAACGUCAUAUACGUAAUAUUCAUAAUCGUGACAGAUGA